UCUCUCUCUCUCUCUCUCUCUCUCUCUCUCACACUCAGUCACUAAGCUUCUCCUUCCAAACCACCGCUGACUUUAAUCCCUCACUUCUCUUCAAUCUGGUUUCUUUCUUCUUCCGAUAUACCAAUCCAUCCAACACUCACUCUUUCUCUGUUACACACAUACAAACACACUCUGUGUUUGGUUUCGUUGUAAGGUGUCGAUGUAUGUGAUGAUGGGUGUGAGCUGCUGUAGGUGUUCCCAUACCUCUCAUAUCACUGAGAUUAUAAUCACCAGCUUCUUCCGUCACAAGCUUUGAACCCCUAAGAUUUCAUAUUACAAAUUAAGGAAAGCGAAACUUUUGUAUUUAUGGCAGUUGAUUGAAACUCAUCUGUGGUACUGUAAAAUUUUGCUGCCAUGGCGGAUCGGAGGUUGCUCUACGGGGGUGGUGGUUCCAAUAUGAGUAGUGUUUUCUUUCAAAAUCAAAGGGGUCCUUCUUCUUCUUCUUCUUCUUCUUCUGAGCCGCGUGAUUCUCUUUUCAUUCCUGGGUCUUCCUCUUCUUUUCUUGGUCCAAGAUCUAUGGUUAGUUUUGAGGAUGUGAAUGGAAGAAACAGAUCAAAGAGGUCCUUCUUUUGCUCGUUUGAGCAAGAAGAGAACGGAGAGGAGGACUUGGAUGAGUACUUUCAUCAUCCUGAAAAGAAGAGGCGGCUUACAACAGACCAAGUCCGAUUUCUUGAGAAGAGUUUUGAGGUGGAGAAUAAGCUUGAACCAGAAAGGAAAAUUCAGCUUGCAAAGGACCUUGGUUUACAGCCUCGGCAGAUUGCAAUAUGGUUUCAAAAUCGCCGGGCACGAUGGAAGACCAAGCAUCUAGAGAAGGAGAAUGAGUCAUUGCAAGCUAGCUAUAGCAGCCUCAGGGCUGACUACGACAGCCUCGUCAAGGAAAAGGAGAAACUAAAAGCUGAGGUUCUUCACCUCACAGAAAUGCUGCUGCUCAAAGAGAAAGAGAAAGCAAACUUGGAACUGUCUGAUACCACAAAGCUAUCAGAAGCAUACCCAAAAGAACCCAUUGGCGAUUUGAUUUCUGAGGAUGAAGUAUCCAAAGUCUCGGUAGUGGCUUGCAAGCAGGAAGAUAGCUCGGCCAAAAGUGAUGUUUUUGAUUCAGACAGCCCACACUACACUGAUGGGGUUCACUCCUCUGUCUUAGAGCCCUGCGAUUCAUCAUACAUUUUUGAACCUGACCAAUCAGAUAUAUCUCAAGAGGAAGAAGAUAAAUUGAACAAUAGCUUAUUGCCUCCUCCAGCAUAUGAAUUUCUGAAGAUCGAUGGAGCUCAUUACUUUGACCCAUCCUCAAAUUCUUGUGACUUUGGAUUCCCAGUUGAAGACCAGGCCUUCAACAAUUUCUGGACUUACUGACUCAUCAGUGAGGUAUAUAGCACUUUCAUGCCUUUCUUCUCUGUGAUGUUUUAAGCAUGAUACCGCGGUAACUAUAUAUAUAAGAAAUAAAUCCAAUCUUAGCACCCCAAUCCACAUUUGGUUUAGUUGCAGUUGGAAUUUGGAAAUGUCUUCUUUUUUUUUUGCCCCUUUUGUAAUCUUGUCUUCAAUGGGGCUUUUCUUGUUUAAGUGAACUUGUUUUGUAUGGGAUGUAUAAAGCUUAUGGCAUAUUCAAUCAUGGGUUCUUAUAUUCGGAUUGGGAAAGUGGAUUGACAUAUGCUCUGAAUUAUUCCAAUAACAUGUUAAAGGUGACUGAAAGAACUGGUAUUAGCUGGACUAGAACAUUGGCAUGCUAAUCUAUCUG